AUGUCAUCUUCCGCACCACCAAUAUCAGCAGGACGUUUUGCAGAAGCCAUAGAAGAUUUGCCUGUAGGCAAUCUCCACACGAAGGCUGCCGAGCUACGUAAUUCCAUCUCACACAUGCGAUCAUCAAACGAGCAGUUGCAGCCAUUCGCAGACGACGGUGACAGAGACUGCGCCGAUGCCAUCCUGGAAAAUCGGCAGACAAUUCGAAGAGUGGAACAGCGUAUGCGAUUGUUGAAGUAUGAAGUAGAACGAAGAGGUCUUCCAUGGGUCGAAGAUCCGAUGGACCUUGGUUUGGAUCGAAACUCUAGACCAAUCGUUGAAGAGCGAAGAACUGGAGAACAUGGAUCGCAGCAAGUCAAUGGUGAAGAUGCUUCAACGAGCGAGCAUCAUAGGGAGCGGGAUGAAGAUCUGCUGAGGCAGACAUUGGACCACAUGGACGAAGAUUCCGCAGAUGAAGGGGUCCAUCUAUGA